AUCACAAGAAAGGGGACUGAUUUGGAGUAAAAAAUACACAAUAAGUUUUUGUACUGAUUUUAAGAGAAUUACGUUUUGUGGUAUAAGAAUUCAUAACUUUUAUAUCAUAAUGGAUGAAGACAAAUUUGCUCUUGUUGAAAAAAUCUUAUUGGACGUGGAUAAUAUCAUGUCAAAAAAUGCUGAGUUAUGCGCCUUCGACAUAGUUCCUGUAGAUACCAAUUUUCGGAAUAAAUCUCCUGUCCUACAUUUGGAAAACUGCUUAGGGUUGGAGUCUUGGUGUGUGAAACAUGUAUACAUGUAUUGUUAUUCAGAAAUUAUGGAUAAGUUUUUCGCAAAGUCUAAACGAAAAGCGCUAAAAAUAUCAGCAGUCAAUUCUGAUAGAAUUGCAAGACUCCUAAACUUAACUUUGUUGAUAAAUCCUGAAUUAACUUCUUUUUGGAAUAAAAGGCGUGAUAUGGUACUUAAAUCGUUUCUAGACAAAGGGUCAGAAUUACUGUUCACAAAGUUGGCAUUGUCUCGGAAACCAAAGUGUAAUGAUGCUUUUGCGUAUAGACGUUGGCUGUUGGAGCUCAUUCUGGAAGAUGGUUUAAGAACAAACUAUUUACAAUCAUUAGUAAAUGAAGAGCUUCAUAUUUGUGAACUUGCUGCGGAGAAUAGUCCCAACAACUACCACAGUUGGAACCAUCGGAUAUGGCUGAUAAAUAGACUCAGUACAGUGAAGCAUUUUGACCUCAAUUUACAAUACAUGAAGGAGUAUGAGUAUUCAGAAAGGUGGUCGUCCAAACAUGUUUCUGAUUAUAGCUGUUUCCAUUACAGGCAGUUCUGUAUUAAAAAUAUUUUCUCUAUUAACAAUGAAAGCUGGAAAAACCUAUAUAAAAGUAUAAAUCAAGACCUAAGAAAAAGUUUUGUCCAAGUUUUGAUUAUGAAUUUCCCAAAAGAUGUCAAAAUCCAAGCAUCACAAGAAGACUUGGUUUCUUAUUCGGAGAAAAAUUUAAUUAAUCUCUUAUUAAGUUAUACAGUUAAAAACUGCAGUUGUACAGUAGAUGAUGUCUUAGUGUGUAGAAAACUAGAGUUAUUAUUCAAUGAAUUAGUGUUGAAUAAUGAAUUGUUAAAGUUUUACAAAUAUCACGAGACAUUGUGGUAUCACAGACGUUUUGUGAUUCAUGAAAUUGUUGCAAUAAUGUAUAUUUAUUUUGGUGUGGUUCGGCAGAAUGGAGUGCUAGUCAAGAAUAGUUGCAAAAUAUGCAAUGUUGAUGAUUUAAGACAGAAACAAGCCAAAAUUGUGAAGUAUGACAGUAAUCGUAUUUACUCUAGCGUGUUGUUCAAUGUUUUGGCAUGCCAUGAAAAAAAGUUUGUUGAGGAAAGACGAAAUGAUGGAGACAACUAUGCAGAUCGUCAUGAAAAGUAUCUUAAGUUUGUUGAAGGUUUUAAUUGUGUGAUGUGAAGAGGGAAAAAGACAAAAUAUGCCAUAAUUACAGACUUAAACCUAAUCAUAGUUCUUUUAUAUGAUAUUUGUACUACAAUAAAUUUUAAUGACAAAAGUAUUUAAUGAAAAGUCUGCAUGUGUAAAUUCCUGCAUAGCCUUUCUUUUUUAAUUAAUUGGAUUUGAGUUAAUGGAUUGUGAAAAUCUGUGAUGUUUCGAAUUAGAACUUAGUGUUGUAACUGUUUGUUUCUAAGGAGUGGACUGUGUAAUGUAGGAAUAUGUAAAUAGAUAUUACAAAGUAAUCACAAAAUAAUGAAAGUUUUUAUAAAUUGAUGAAUUAGAUUUUUUUGUUGAGUUUGUACAUUUUUUAUUAUAUAAGGUGAAGCAAGCUAUAUUUUCUACAUAUAUUAUAUGUAUUGAUUAUGUCACAUCACAAUACUAUAAAUUAGACAUUUAAUGAAUUGUGGCGUGGCCACUAGCCAUAGAUUUCAUAAUAGUACUUUAGAAUGGGCACUACACACCUUUGCCGAUCUAUACUUAUAUUAUAAAGAGGUAAGCCCUUGUGACAUGAAUGUUUGAGGCGGGUAAUCUCCGAAGUUAUUGAACCAAUUCGAGAAUUCACCAUUAGACAGGUACAUUAUACGAGAUUGCUAUAGAGCAUAUUUGUUUAAAAUAAAUUAGUUUUUAGGUGUGAUGAAAUAAAUAACUGUAUGUACUGUGUAUGUAAAUGUUACUAAUGUGUAUUGAACAGACAUAUCAUCAUCACAUCAUCAUUAUCGAGUCAGCAAACUGAAGGAGCAAUGGGCAGGCCACAUUUCGCGAAGAGCUGAUGGCUGAUGCGGCCGAAAGUCCUCUGAGUGGAUGUGGUAUCCACUCAGACUCUACUAGCGUUGGACGGCCUCCUCCGAGAUGGAGCGAUGAUCUGAUGAAGUCCACGUGCCACGUUGGAUGUAGGUCGCCUCGAACACAGCAAGUUGGAAGUCAUUGGCGGAGGUUUCUGUACAGCAGUGUUCGUCCUACGGCUGAAAAGAUGAUGGCGAUGAUUAUGUAUGGUUCCUGGCACUUUAGGAUCAGCUGAUCUUUUUUUCUUGGAUAUUGUAAGCCAAGAAUAAGCAUCAUGGUCCUAGCCGGAUUAAGUUUCCUUAUAACAGAUGUCAGAUGAGAGUAUCUUCGUAUAAUUUGGCUAUUACAA